GCUUUUGCGGAACAACACUUUCUCCGGCACAGCUAUUAUUCCCGCCCGCAACGUCUCAGCAAAAGCUCCUCGAACGCAGCGGAGACAUCGCAUUCCAAGAACACAGUCGCCAAGAUGCCUCAAGCGCAGCCAGAAUUAAAGAAGUAUAUGGAAAAGCGUAUAUUCUGCCAACUGAACGGCAACCGCAAAGUUAUUGGAGUAUUACGAGGCUACGAUGUCUUCAUGAACAUUGUCCUAGACGAGGCCUUCGAGGAGAAGCCGGGUGGUGAAAAAGUCGCAAUAGGCAUGGUGGUUAUUCGAGGCAAUUCGGUCGUCAUGCUCGAGGCUCUGGAGCGGAUAAGCGAUAAAUGAACGAACGGUACUUCGAAGAGAACGCGGAGUGUUUUAACGAGAUAAGGGAACGGAAUUAAGACCCCUUUACUAUUCUACCCGGAGAGGUUCAACUAUCUUUGGUCUAUUAGGGAGUUAAUGGCUCGACGGAUACAAUCCAUACUUUCUUAUUGCUUGUACGUCUUUUAAUGAUGAAAAAAAAGCAUGAAAACAAACCAGAAUAACUUCCU